ACAGGCUGUGUGAUCCUGGCUGGCAGGGAAAUUGUUUUCCUCUUCUCCACGAUGUACAGAACCAAAGUGGGCCUGAAGGACCGCCAGCAGCUUUACAAGUUGAUCAUUAGCCAGCUGCUCUAUGAUGGCUUCAUCAGCAUUGCUAAUGGCCUCAUCAAUGAAAUCAAGCCUCAGUCUGUUUGUGCACCCUCAGAGCAGCUCCUGCAUCUCAUCAAACUAGGAAUGGAAAACGAUGAUACUGCAGUUCAGUAUGCAAUUGGUCGUUCAGAUACAGUUGCCCCAGGAACGGGCAUUGACCUGGAGUUCGAUGCAGAUGUCCAGACCAUGUCCCCAGAGGCUUCAGAGUAUGAAACCUGCUAUGUCACAUCCCAUAAAGGACCAUGCCGAGUAGCUACCUAUAGUAGAGAUGGGCAGCUAAUAGCUACUGGGUCUGCUGACGCCUCCAUAAAGAUACUCGACACAGAAAGAAUGUUGGCCAAAAGUGCCAUGCCAAUAGAGGUUAUGAUGAAUGAGACUGCACAACAGAAUAUGGAAAACCACCCAGUGAUCCGGACUCUUUAUGACCACGUGGACGAAGUCACAUGUCUUGCUUUCCACCCAACGGAACAGAUUCUUGCCUCUGGUUCAAGGGAUUACACACUUAAGUUAUUUGAUUAUUCCAAACCUUCGGCAAAAAGAGCCUUCAAGUACAUUCAGGAAGCUGAAAUGUUACGCUCCAUCUCUUUUCACCCUUCCGGAGACUUUAUACUUGUGGGGACUCAGCAUCCUACUCUUCGGCUCUAUGAUAUCAACACAUUUCAAUGUUUUGUCUCUUGCAAUCCUCAAGAUCAACACACCGAUGCCAUAUGUUCUGUUAAUUACAACCCUAGUGCCAACAUGUAUGUAACUGGUAGCAAGGACGGCUGCAUCAAGUUGUGGGAUGGUGUCUCGAAUCGGUGCAUCACAACUUUCGAGAAGGCACACGACGGUGCUGAAGUUUGUUCUGCCAUCUUUUCCAAAAAUUCUAAAUACAUUCUUUCAAGUGGAAAAGACUCUAUAGCUAAACUUUGGGAAAUAUCAACAGGACGAACGCUGGUCAGAUUCACAGGUGCUGGCUUGAGCGGGCGGCAGGUGCACCGGACACAGGCUGUCUUCAACCAUACAGAGGACUACGUGCUGCUGCCAGACGAGAGGACCAUCAGCCUGUGCUGCUGGGACUCACGCACAGCUGAGCGCCGAAACCUGCUGUCCCUGGGCCACAACAACAUCGUGCGCUGCAUCGUGCACUCGCCCACCAACCCCGGCUUCAUGACCUGCAGCGAUGACUUCAGGGCCAGGUUCUGGUACCGGAGGUCAACCACAGACUAGAGCCCCCCGCCUUAAAUAGGGUUCCUUUCUAGAGGACCCUGCCCCUCCCUCCCAUGUGUCCCAUCACCAGCCUCAGUAGAAAGUCGUGGUACCAUCUUUGGCAGUCGGGCUGCCACCUCUACAUCCUUCUUGGAUUUUGUACAAAAGGGUCCUUUUUUACCUUGAUGUGGAAUCAUGGUGGAAAAAGUGGGAAACGCAGACCCCUGCUCUGCACUCACUGAUUAUUACAGUGUGAUUUUCAUCGGUUUUGUAAAUACAGGACUUGCCAUUUCUCUGAACUUGAUCUUUUGAAGAAGGGUAGAGUAUUAAAGUGCUUUCCAGAUCUCGUGUGGAUCUGUCCUGAGGAAUUCUCAUUGGGCUCUUUUGUCAUCUUCUGUGCCUGUUCCCCAUCCUCUCUGUGUUUUCCUUUCCAAAUGCAUUUUGACCGAUGAGUAGGCAUACCUUGAGAAUCGAGUUUCGUGCCCUAUUAAACCACUUUAGAGAAUCAGUUCUCUGAAAGGACAUCCUAAUAAUAAAGCUCAGACCUGCAA